AUGCCUAAACUACAUAUCUUUGACGAACAAAAUGCAGGAGUAAAAGGAAAUCUGAAUCCAGAAUCAACACCUUUAGACGUCUUUCAAAUGAUAUUUUCGGAAGAAUUGGUCGCUCAAAUUACCGAGCAGACAAACAAUUAUUUCAAAUGCGUACAACAGUGUACAGCAUAUAAAAAGAAUUCCCGUUUGACGAAUUGGAAGGAUGCUUCAGUCCCUGAAAUGUACGUAUUUUUAUGCAUUUCAAUGCUAAUGCCACGUUCGAAGAAACUGUCUUUGAGAGAAUAUUGGUCUACGGACAAACUGUUGAAAAGCAAUAUUUUCCGCAAAAUAAUGGCACGAGAUCGAUACAUGGUAUUAUUACACAUGUUGCACUUUAACGAUAAUAAUACAGCAAAUCUUUUGCUGUACAAGGGCAGAUGUUAUUCUAGACAGUUUAUACCAUCCAAGAGAAGUAGGUUCGGCAUUAAAUUAUUUCUCCUUAGUGACUGUGAAACGAAUUAUGUAUUGAACUUCAUAACGUAUACUGGACAAAAAACAAACAUUAGUAGAAGUAACACUGCCAUUGGAAUCUCUGGAGAUGUUGUGAUGACGCUGCUUCAGCUAUAUCUUGGAAAGGGCUAUACACUAAUUACGGAUAAUUGGUACACGAGUCCACGUUUAUAUACCUUAUUACACGAAAACAAAACCAACGCAUUUGGAACCGUUCGUAAAAAUAGGAGAGAUAUGCUCCACAUGGAAGAAAAGUUGAAGAGAGGAGAAACGUGCUACCGAUCGACUGGCAUUUUAUUGGCAAUGAAAUGGCAUGAUAAAAAGGCGGUUCGGAUGUUGUCUUCUGCACAUGGAGCUGCAUUGAUUGAAUCUGAGAAAAGGGAUUAUCGUACAGGAUUAUAUAAGAAGAAACCAUCAUGUAUUGCCGACUAUAAUUCCAACAUGAGUGCUGUAGAUAGAGUUAAUAUGAUCUUGAGUACACUCAAUUCCCCAAGGAAAACUAUAAAGUGGUACAAAAAAUUAUUUUUCCACUUGUUAGAUUUAGCGAUAUAUAAUGCGUAUAUUUUAUAUCAAAAAUCUACUGCUUCGAAACAAAAAUUUAAUGAAUUUCAUUUAGCGUUGAUAAGAGACAUUUUACGAAAAUAUUUCCAACGUAGAAGCAUGGUAGGAGGAGGAAAGAGAAAGUCUGAGGAUUUACCAUUUCGUUUAAUUGAUAGGCAUUUUCCAUCAAAAUGCCCUAAUCGUGCCGGCACAACACAAUUAUCAAGAAGAAAAUGUGUUGUUUGUGUGAAAAAUAAGAGAAGGAACGACACGCGAUACGAAUGCAGAAAAUGCGCUGUCAGAUUAUGUAUCGAUAAAUGUUUUGAAAGUUUUCACACGUAA